AUGAUCGUCAAACAUCCUCUAUUACGAAGUACAUUGCUCGAGGAUAUUGAAUUCAAAAAAACCAAUGAACAGAUAAUAACCGAAAAAGAAAUAGAAGAAAAGAGAUUAGACGAUGAAAAGGUCAAAGUUUGUCCUAAGUGUUUACAAACGUAUAUACCGUCGAAAACGAGUCAUGGUAAUUGUAAUUAUCAUGAUGCAUUUGUCUAUGAUUUGGAUAAGGAUACGAAGAUGAAUAGUGAACAAGCACAAAAUGUACAACAAAAGGCUGUGUUACUCAAUCAAAAGGCAGAAGAACAGCCCAAACUCAUAUGGGCGUGUUGCCUUGCUCUCUAUGGAAAAGAUCGAGGGUGUAAAGUAGACAAGUGUGGCCUACCGGAAGGACUAACCGAUAUGAAUUGGUCCGAGGAAGAUCCAGUUCAAUUUAUGCAAAAAAAAUUUAUGAAUAACGAAGAUGCGGGAAGAAAAGUUAAAGAAUUUGCCGCUACAUUGAAAACAGCCGCCGCUCCGCCACUGCCACCAUCAGCUGCAACGCUCAUUCGUCCCUCAGGAACUUCAGCCACAACCGCACCUAGUGGUCCACUACCACCUUCUCGUCCACCUAAACGAUAG